GCCCUCUGUUGAAGGAUUACUUCCGGGUACACUGUCCGCCGCCAGCUCGUCUAAAUCAAAAUGUAUCAAGUGGAUAUUUUCCGCGCUUCAAGAUAGUGCAAUCAUUUAUGACGACUUCUGCUGUUUUAACAUUAUUUAUUUUUUUGUCGUGUGCAUUUACUACUAUCCGGGUUGUUUCGUUAGCUAGCUCGCUAGCUGGAUAACAGAGUUGCGAUCUUCGUGAAAGGCACUUUCUUACCGCUUGUUAAAGAAGAUGUCUGCGGAAGAGGCGGCAGACAAAACAACCCCGGCCGACGCGAGUGCGGGAGAUGGCGGAGACGAGGAAGAAGAGUGGCUGUACGGAGAUGAUGAUGAGAGAGCUGAUGAGGAAGAGGCCAAACUAACCGCUGCUGUCAGUGCACCUGUUCCUGCUACUGAAUCAGAUGAGGCAGUUACUACAGGCAACGGAGUGGAAGCUCAGGAGAAGGAGCCAGGAGAUGAUGAUGAUGACAGUGAUAGCGACAGUGACGAUGAUGACGAUGAUGUUCGCGUCACCAUCGGAGACAUCAAGACCGGAGCCCCACAGUACACGACGUAUGGAGUGGCUCCUGUUAACCUGAACAUAAAGACAGCAGGAACCAGACCCUAUGGAACAGUAGGGAACAAGUCAAAGGGUGUGGAUCUGGAGGCUCCAGGCAACAUCAAUGGAGUCCCAGUAGUGGAGGUGGACAUGGAGACAUUCGAGGAGAAGCCGUGGAGGAAACCAGGUGCUGACCUGUCUGACUACUUUAACUAUGGGUUCAACGAGGACACGUGGAAGGGCUACUGCGACAAACAGAAGAGGCUGAGGAUGGGCCUGGAGGUCGUCAAUAUCUCCUCCACCACCAGCAAAAUCACUGUUCAGCAGGGCAGGACAGGGAAUGAGAAGGAAGUGAGUUUACCCAUCCACACGUCCAAACCUGACUUCCCCACUCCAGCCAGCCUCUACAAGUCAUCCAUGAACAUGAACACUACCAGGAUCUCCCCCCCACAGUGGACUGCUCCUCCCGUUCAGGACAUGUCCUACUAUACGAAGACCAGUGGUACUAUCGACGUGAUCGGAGGAGGGACUGCUACCAUCAGCAGAGUGGAGGGACGACGAAGACACAACCUGGAGGGAAACAACAUCCAGGUGAUUUCGGAACACUCGUCGUCGGACGCUGAGCCAAACCCCAACAAGAUGCCCCCCUUCUUCCCCCCCGGCCCCCUCCCCCCAAACAUCCCUCCUCCCCCAUUCCUCCCCCCUCCUCCCAACGUCAGCCAGGCUCCCCCUCUCAUCCCCCCACCAAGAAUACCUAUGAAUGUCCCUCCUCCUG